UGAAUACAUCAUAUAAAAGGAUUCUACCAGGAUGCUGACACUGCAUGCUUUCUUACUCCUCUUACAUAAAAAAUGCAACAUAACGGUAGUCAGCUAUUAGUAGGCCCAGACUAGUGAAGAAGGGAUGAAUGUCUUUCUGCUGUUGCUUUUGUUUCUUCAUGUUUGUAGCAAAUCAGCUUUUGCUCAGUGUAUGUCAACUGACUGCAUGACAAGGAAUGAGUCAUUGUCUCUGUAUCUAAGAGUGUGCUGCAAUACAAGGAACUUAGGAAGGACUCUCACUAUUGAAGGAGAUGACAUAACAAGAUACAUCCUUUGUCCACGGGUAUAUUCAAAAUCUUGCUCAGAAUUAAGAGACUGCAAGGCUUGGUAUGAGAAAGGGAGUACUGUUAGUGACAGCUACACUAUUUAUCCUGAGGGGAGGACUCCAGUGGAGGUAUACUGUGAUAUGGAGGGUCUUGCUAACUGCGAUAACAAAGGUGGUUGGACCAGAGUAGGGUACCUCAAUAUGACAGAGUUUGGUGCUAACUGCCCUAGUGGCCUACAAGAAAGGAACUACGAUAAUAUUGAUCAUCCAGUAUGCGGUAGACAGGAUAGCAACAGUCCUAGUUGCACUCCAACUAAUUUUCCAUCUCACGGGAUAGCAUACAGUAAAAUCUGCGGGCAAAUCAGAGGAUAUCAAUUUGGUCAUCCUGAUGCACUAAGAGAUAUUUCGCAAGGUAUAGACAGCUAUUAUGUCGACGGCUUGUCCCUUACUUAUGGAAAAAAUCCUCGUAAACACAUCUGGACAUUUAUCGGAGGGCCACAGGAAAGUGAGAGGGAUUAUAAUGGUUGUCCAUGCGUCAAUGGCUACGCAGGAGGCUCUUCACGUAAUCCUCCAUCAACAUUCAUAGGAUCUUCUUAUUAUUGUGAGUCUGCACGGGAUCCUGGUCAACCAGAGGCUAACGUUCUUUAUCCCAUGGAUCCUUUGUGGGAUGGGGAGCAAUGUGAUGAUAGAGAAGCUCCUUGUUGUCCAGCUAACUCUAUAAUGCCUUGGUUCUAUCGAUCACUGGAUACACAAACCAGUGAUGAUAUCGAACUAAGACUGUGCAGCAAUAGGGAGACUACUGUAGAAGACACUCCAAUUGAUAUUGUGGAACUUUACAUUAAGUAGCAUGUGCCUAGUCAUU